AGCAAACAUGACCUGCUUCAGUUUCUUGAAGAGGCAACAUGAGGAGCUCCAAGCUGUUCGUACUAAUGGUGUUGGUGGUCGCUGGUUACACCAGCCCAAUAGCACCACCUAUUGAUAAAGACCAGGAGAAGAUAGCAAUGAAUUACCUGACCAAGUUGUAUGGCCUCCAAAAGCAGAGCCACCACUCUAAACUAAAAAGCUCAAGUGAUUUGAGUCUACGGUUGAAAGAGAUGCAAGUGUUUUUCGGACUUCAGGUAACAGGAAAGCUGAAUGCAGAGACCCUGGAUGUGAUGAAGAAGCCACGCUGUGGGGUUCCAGACGUAGCAGCAUACUCGACUUUUGGAGGGGAAUACAAGUGGAAAAAAAAUAAUCUGACCUACAGGAUUGAGAACUACACACCUGACAUGUCGCAAGCCGAGGUGGAUGAGUCCAUUAAAAAAGCCUUGCAGGUGUGGGCAGAUGUUACUCCACUGAGAUUCACUCGUAUCCACAGCGGCACAGCUGACAUCAUGAUCUCCUUUGCAGUUAGAGAUCAUGCUGAUGGUUACCCCUUUGAUGGGCCAAAUGGUUUCCUGGCUCACGCCUUCCCACCUUUUGAGGGUAUUGGUGGCGAUGCCCAUUUUGAUGAUGACGAGGAUUUUUCCUACCUAUCUCCUCAAGGAUACAAUUUGUUCUUGGUUGCUGCCCAUGAGUUUGGACACUCUCUGGGUCUUGAACAUUCCCAGGAUCCAGGUGCACUGAUGUAUCCCAGCUACGCCUACAGAGAUGUCAGUACCUUCUCCCUCCCUCAAGAUGAUGUCAAUGGAAUCCAGUCUCUUUAUGGCCCAAACCCUGAUGUCGACCCCAAUGAACCAAAACCCACACCACAAGUUACCCCGAAUACAUGCGAUCCUAAACUUGUUUUGGAUGCUGUCACCAUGCUGCGUGGAGAGAUAAUGUUCUUCAAGGGCAGCUUCUUCUGGCGCAGUUACCCCUUGAGUAGAACAGGAGAACAGCAUCUCAUUAAAAGCUUCUGGCCUGAGCUUCCAGAUAGUAUUGAUGCAGCAUUUGAGAGUAGUUUUGAGGACAAAGUCUUCCUUUUCAAAGGUGAAAAGGUCUGGGCUCUCUAUGGCUAUGACAUGGUACCGGGAUAUCCCAAGAGUCUCAGCAGCUUCAAUUUGCCUAAAAAAGUGAAGAAAAUCAAUGCAGCCCUGUACGAUGAAAAUACCCACAAAAUAAUGUUUUUCGUUGACAAUCAGGUUUAUAGUUAUAAUGAGGAGAACCGGAGAAUGGAAAAAGGUUAUCCUAAACGGCUGGAUAAAGUGUUCCCAGGAAUGACAGGGAAGGUGACUGCAGCCUUUCAGUACAAAGGUUUCGACUAUCUCUUCAGCGGACCAAAAUUGUUGGAAUUUGGUUCCAAUAACAAGAAGCUGUUCCGUGUUCUUAACAACAAUUACUUUCUGCCCUGUUAGUCUGAUGUUGAGUUUCUUGGUAAAGCACAGCAAUGCACUGCCUGUCUGAAGGAAAAUCUGAAUCUAUACCAGUAUUUGAAAGUAAAGUAUUGAUGAUUGAACUUGUGUAUUUAUUUGAUCAAAGAUAUAUUGAUAUUAUUUUUAGGUAGCCAGUAGCCCUAACAGAAGUUUUUGUAUGUGAUACUAAAUAACCAAACCAAACAAAAGAUUAAUAUUUAAAAAUAAAGACUUUAACAUUU